AUGGAUGCCUCAGUUCGAGAGCCUAGUAAAGAUACUAAUCAAAAAGAGGUUCAAAAUUCCAAGGUUAGAAAAUUAGCUUUAAAGGGAAACUCGCUACAAGUUAAGUCUCAAAACAAGAGGGAAUCAUCGACGCAGAGAUUUGUUAGAAAAUUGUGUGACCUCCGCUAUGGCAUGGCGGCUUUUCAAGUUACUAGAAAUUUGGCUUUCAGACCUCCAGACUGUUCAGAAAUGAACGAACAGGGAGUUAUAGGUACCUUAGUAAAUAAAAAAGAUCUUUUGGAAUUCUUCAAAGAUGAAAAGCGAAAGUAUUCUUAG